GCGAUAGGUAGUCGUGUACAGUCCGGCAUCCGAUUCGGUCGGUUUCGAAGGAAGGAACGGUUUUUGUCCCGUACUCCACGUCGCCCUGCAGCAGCGCUCCGCUAGUCCGAUACGCGUUGUGACGCUGGACGCUGGCUCAUGCUCGAACCAAAAACGUGGUUGUAUUUCGUCCUUAUCUCUGUGUAAAGCUGUGCGUUCAUCGCUAGGAAGCCGCAAGGGCUGUAACACUGGCUGGAAAGAAAACGCCGGUAGCGGAUCAGUGUUAUCAAAAUAGAACAAAGCAAAUUCGUGGCCAAUACGGGUGUGUGAGCAGCGUAUCAUUUUACACCCUAGCCAGUUUACCGCAGCUUGCCGCAAUCGGCCGUGGAAAUUCCCUUCAAGACGGUUAAAGUGUUCUAACAGAUGGUAUACGAGUAAUUUCGUACCAGUGUCAGUUUGUGUGCUUAAGCGAUAUAUGAGUGAAAGUUAAAUUAGAAAAUGGCCGGUAUACUUUUUGUGGUGCACAUUCCAUCAGCUCGUUAUGAGCGGGAGCUACGUCGCAAGGAGCAAGAACAGCUUGCCAAAACGACAACUGCCACCACGGAAGAUGAGAAGGACAGUGAGCGACCGUCUAGCAAGUUGGAGGAGAUGGAACCCUUCGUAACACCACAGCCCAAAAAAGCACCAUCAAAGAUUCCGAAAUCCAGCAAUGUCAUCAAACCGUCUGAUGAUGACAAUAAGAAACCGGACCCGAUUGGACCACCGGCGAUCAAGUUUAUCGAUCAGGAUGGUGAGGAGAUAGCUUCGCAGCCGGUUGAUGCUAAGGAUGACGAUGCCGACGAAGGAGAAAAGGGAAAAGAUAAAAAGUCCAACUUCCUGGCGGAACCGUUCGAUAGGGCGUCAGCACUACGCAAGUCCUGGGAUGGGUUUAAGGAUCUCAUCGGAUCGGCCCGUAAAGAGAAAACGGCUCGUGAGGAAGCAGCAGAAAAGUUAACCCUUACCGGUGACUCGUCGAUGGAAGAGGUGCUGAAAACAAUCAUCGCUGAGAAGCGCAUUCACACUGCGGCCUGGAUCGAAACUGAUAAGGGCAAUGGAUUUCACAUUAUGUUUUCGAUCGAAUCGGGUCCCAUGGGUGACGAUAUCAUCUACAUGCUUAGCUCGUGGGGCGUUGGCCAACGGUUCAAUUCGACCAUCUCGAUCACGUCAUGCACGCUGUACAGUCAACCGCCGGAACCGGUUGCCGAAGAAGCGGAAGAGGGAGCGGCUGGCGAACCAAAUAAAAACAACGAUGGAGGCGCGUGGAACACCUUCCUUUCGACCGUCCGGGCUCGGCUAAACGUUGCGCAGAUCGUGGAGGAAGUGAAGCAUGAUGCACAAGUGUCAUUUGAUUUCGUGUCUAUGCUUGCAGUCGCCAGUAUUUUAGCUGCGUUCGGUUUGGUUGAGGAUAGCUCCGUGUUUCUCAUCGCCAGUAUGCUGAUUUCGCCGCUAAUGGGUCCCAUUAUUGCGGUUAUUUUCGGGACAGUUGUCAAGGAACGUACUCUACAGUUGAUUGGUCUUAAGAAUGAAAUUAUCGGCAUUAUGCUAACCGUCACCGUGGGUUUUAUCUUCGGCUUGAUCGUAUGCAGCAUAGACGAACGGUACAGUGUUGGCGAGGGUAUUACGCAUGAAAUGUUGGCCCGUUGCGAAACGCACUCGCUCCUAGUCGGUAUUGCCAUUGCGCUGCCAUCCGGGGCAGCCGUUGCCAUUGCGAUCCUGGGUGAAAACAUUGGGUCACUCGUCGGUGUUGCCAUUUCGGCUUCGUUGCUCCCGCCGGCAGUUAAUGCGGGUGUACUGUGGGCUUUAUCGUGCCUGUACUUCCUAUUUGGAUCAGAAGAAUCUCGAUAUGGAACGCUCAUAAAAACGCAAAUCUAUUCCGAAAACCAGGGGCUCGAACUGUUCACUCUCGGAUGUAUGAGCAUGUCUUUGACUUUGCUCAACAUUUUCUGCAUUUAUCUGGCUGGCGUAGUGUUCUUAAUCAUCAAAGAGGUGGCACCGGUGGUACCUAAAGAUCAGAAGCAGUUCUGGAAACACGAUAUCAAGAUUGCGCGUGACUACAACCGUACGCUGCACACCAACGAUGGUCACUCGAUGAGCAAAAAUCUCAUGCAAGAGUUAACAACGCUGCACCACAACAAUGACACAACUGGUGGGCUCCGUGGUGACUACCUACUGAAUUCUGCCUCUAAAGGUAAUCAGAAUACCUGGUCGCCGCGACAUAACUAUCACCAGCGAGAUCACAGGCCCACGAUCCAGGAGCUUGAAGCGCUUUAUCUUAGCUUAUCGGCUAAUACAACAGAAAACCAGUUCCACUACUCAUCACACCAUGCCGGACCGCAUUUUGCACACUUUGAACGACUCUCAACCUCACCCACACAACACCGACGCAUGAAUCCUUCGAAUCCGAUCAACAUUCACGGUGGAAUCUCACGCCACAGCCGGUUCUCGGAGUCACUGCGUGGAGCAUCCGCACCAUUGUCAAAGAUACUGGAAGACGUUGCCGCUGGUACGUCCGGCGCAAAGGGUGAAACUAGUCACGGUGGACAUCAUGGUGAACGUGCUGGCAAGUCGACGAGAAGCUACGGUUUGCCGGGAUUCAAGCGCAGCUCCAAAAAGUUCACCGUUACCCCGGCUUACGAUCCGAUACAAAAAGAGUAAAAACUCCCGGGCAGAGGAAACGGGGAUCUUUAUCGGAUUUAUAAAAUGGCUGUUUUAUGUGAAAGCUGCUGAAAGGUGCGCGUCCAAGUUCGGGCCGAGUUGCAGCGGCGGCAGUUUUGGUAUUUUCUAGUUCUUAUUGUUUCGAUUUCUCGAUUGUGAGUGUUUGUUGUUAUUGUUUAAGUUUCACUUUUCUUUUCGUCAUCGUGUUUGUUUGUAUUGUGUCUCCACCGUCCACUAGCAACAGCACAAGUUUGUAAAUAGUCAUAUCGUGUAAGAUCGUGUAGUUCUUAAGCGAGCAGUAGUAAGAAGGGCAACAUUUGCCUGGUGGGUAGUCUGCAGAAAGUAAACGUGAUUAGGCAACUUGUUUGAGUCUACCAGCCCCAUAUGCAAAUAUGAAGGUACUGUACUUAAUCCGUUCAAUUGUAAGUGAAUGAGAAAGAUGCUUCCAAGCGCCAUCCAAAGCGAUAUGCUUAUCGUUGUAUACUGAUUGUAAUAAAAAAAAACAUGUGAGAGUGAUGAAGAUUACAAUCAUUCAUGAAGAUAGAA